CCCUUUUCCCUUCCGGGAAGAUGCUAGGGAUGACAGCUAUUGGCCUGACUCAACUGUUUCUCUGGUAGAGCAGUUGGGGGCCAGACAGCCCCAUGAAGGCAUUCCCUUCCUUCUUCCUCUGCUCAGGAGAAAACUUAGAAACUUUUAAAUGUAAGAGGCAGAUGAGCUAGAAACCUGGAAGUGGGUUGCAUCUGACUCUGAAAGUUCCUCCCUCGCUGGCAUUACCUUAUGCUGCCACAAAGUGAACCACUCACUGACGAAGGCAGAGCCUCCCCGGCACUGCUGGGACCCUGCCUCAAAGAGUCCUCCUGUGACUUGAACAGAGCCUUGUAGUCUGUCUUCUUGGUUAAUGACUUGGGCUGUCUUACCAGCCCCCAUUCUGUGCCUUGUCUGAGGUCCUUGUCCAUCUCUGAGAUCGGGCAGCUUCUCUCUCUUGGUUGGGUCACCUUAAGCGGGAAACUGAAGCCAUUACUCUCCAAACCCUGUUUCAUAUUCCCAAGUAUGUCGGAAACCUGGCAGCAGCCACCGCAGACGCAGCCGCAGCAGCCGCAGCCCCCACAGCCUCAGCACCAUGCAGAGCCACCGCCGGCGCUGGCGGAACACACGCUGCCCCCUGGCACGGCGGAGAACCCCCUGGGCUGUGCUGUCUACGGCAUCCUCCUGCAGCCAGACCCGGGCCUGCAGCCCCCACAGCAUGCACCCCUGCAGGCAGCAGGUGAGCCAGGCCCCAAAUGCGGCGUGUGUGGCCAUGACCUGGCACACCUGGCCAGCCCCCACGAGCACCAGUGCCUGGCAGGUCACGACCGCUCCUUCCAGUGCACGCAGUGCCUCAAGAUCUUCCACCAGGCCACUGACCUGCUGGAGCACCAGUGCGUGCAGGCCGAGCAGAAGCCCUUUGUCUGCGGGGUCUGCAAGAUGGGCUUCUCACUGCUCACCUCACUGGCACAGCACCACAGUGCGCACACCGGCCUGGUGAAGUGCUCCAUAUGUGAGAAGACCUACAAGCCAGCAGAGGCCGCUGAACCGGCCGCCGCCACCGCUCCGGCACUUCCCCCGGCGCACCCGCCGGCUACUGUGGUCCCCGCUGAGCAGGCCGACAAGCCCUACAGCUGCCCCAUCUGCCAGAAGCCCUUCAAGCACCUGUCGGAGCUCUCACGGCACGAGCGGAUCCACACGGGUGAGAAGCCGUACAAGUGCACGCUGUGCGACAAGAGCUUCAGCCAGUCGUCGCACCUGGUGCAUCACAAGCGCACGCACAGCUCUGAGCGGCCCUACAAGUGCGCCGUCUGCGAGAAGACCUUCAAGCACCGCUCGCACCUGGUGCGCCACAUGUACGCGCACUCGGGUGAGCACCACCUGUUCCGCUGCAACGUGUGCGAGCUGCACUUCAAGGAGUCGUCGGAGCUGCUGCAGCACCCAUGCACGCCGAGCGGCGAGCGGCCCUUCCGCUGCGGCGAGUGCCAGAAGGCCUUCAAGCGGCCGUCGGACCUGCGGCAGCACGAGCGCACGCACAGCGCCGAGCGGCCCUUCAAGUGCGACCUGUGCCCCAUGGGCUUCAAGCAGCAGUACGCGCUGAUGCGGCACCGGCGCACGCACAAGACAGAGGAGCCCUUCAAGUGCGGCCUGUGCGAGAAGGGCUUCGGGCAGCCCAGCCACCUGCUCUACCACCAGCACGUGCACACGCUCGAGACCCUCUUCAAGUGCCCCGUGUGCCAGAAGGGCUUCGACCAGUCGGCCGAGCUGCUGCGGCACAAGUGCCUGCCAGGCACGACCGAGCGGCCCUUCAAGUGCCCCGUGUGCAACAAGGCCUACAAGCGCGCGUCAGCGCUGCAGAAGCACCAGCUGGCCCACUGCGCGGCGGCGGAGAAGCCCCUGCGCUGCACGCUGUGUGAGCGCCGCUUCUUCUCGUCGUCGGAGUUCGUGCAGCACCGCUGCGACCCCGCCCGCGAGAAGCCGCUCAAGUGCCCGGACUGCGAGAAGCGCUUCAAGUACGCGUCCGACCUGCAGCGGCACCGACGGGUGCACACUGGCGAGAAGCCCUACAAAUUUGCUUUCUUGACAGCUGUCAGCCUCAAGACAACCCCUCUUUUCUAUGGGACUGGAACCAAGCUGGAAGUCCAGUGA